GCAGACUGCUUCUACAAACAUUUGAGAAAGAAUGGCAAUAAGUCCAUCUGUGAAACUUCCUUGCUACUAAAUAUUCCACGGUCAACUGUUAGUGGUAUUAUAACAAAGUGGAAGCAACUAGCAACAACAGCAACCCAGUCACAAAGUGGUAGGCCACGUAAAAUUGCAGAGCAGGGUCAGCGCAUGCUGAAACUCACAGUGCGCAGAAGUCGCCAACUGUCUGCAGAGUCAAUAGCUAAAGACCUCCAAACUUUGUGUGGCCCUCAGAUUAGCACAACAAUAGUGCAUAGAGAGCUUCAUGGAAUGUGUUUCCAUGGCCGAGCAGCUGCAUCCAAGCCUUACAUCACCUAGUGCAAUGCAAAAAGUCAGAUACAGUGGUGCAAAGCAUGCAGCCAUUGGACUCUAG